AUGGCGAAUAACAGAACUCUGAUCAUUGACAACCUCAAAGUUUGCCAUGUAAAUUGCCAGUUUCUAGUUGCGCACCUGGACGAGUUUAGGACUUUCUUCAGGUACUCUGGAUAUCACAUAAUUUGUCUGUCCGAGACCUGGUUGCGUCCCGAGGUCACGAAUGAUUUCGUGAAUCUCGAUGGCUACCAGCUCCACAGAUGGGACCGCGUGGGCCGCGGAGGGGGGGGAGUGGCCUUCUAUCUGCGGGAGCCCUUGAGGAGUAAGAUCCUGAAAUGCUCCGCUGAGAAUUACUGCCACAACCCAGAAUUCCUGCUGGCCGAGAUCCACUUCAAGAACUCAGCCAAACUCCUUCUUGCAGUGGUCUACCGCCCACCUCACUGUGGCAAUCUACAGGAACUCUUUGAUACCUUCCGAGAUCUUAGCGUUCUUUACUCGCACUCUGUCAUCUUCGGCGACUUCAACGCUGACCUCUCUACGGCCUCCUUCGAUACCGGGCGGGUCCUGGACUUCGUGGACUGCGCCAGUUUGUACUUGAUACCGUAUACCAACACCCACCAUACCAGGUCAUCCUCCACGUGGUUGGACCUUUGUAUUGUCGACGACUCUGACAAGGUCGUCAGCUACGGACAGCACGAUGUGAGCUUCCUCUCCUCGCACGAUCUUAUACACAUCACCUACAAAAUCAAGGUCGAUCGAACUCAGGCCAAGGACAUUUGGGCAAGAGAUUUUCGGACCUUUGACGUCGGGGAGUUCACCAGGGACCUACUGGCGAAGAACUGGAACAGGUUCUAUGAGGUCGAUAGCGUCGAUCAUAAGGUCGAACUCUUCAACUCCUUCCUCUUGGAGAGCUUCGACUUGAGCGCACAUGAGCGCCUCAUCAGGUCCCGCAAGCUUCCGGCACCCUGGCUCAGCGAGGACAUCAAACGCAGGAUGCGCGAGAGGGACAGGGUCAGAAGACAGUGGAGAAGACAUAAAUGCGACCGACUACACAGCUUGUUCAAGGAUCUCAGGAAUGAGGUCCAGAUCCUCGUUAGGAAUGCUAAGAAGAGCUACUUCACCAACUUCUUCAGCAAUUGUAACGACCCUGGCACUGCAUGGAACGAGCUGAGACACCUGGGUAUCAUCAAAUCUAAGAACUCAGCAAGACCACUACCAUGCUCAACUGAGGAGCUUAAUUUAUAUUUCUUCUCCACUGGCGACCGAGGGGAGGCUCUUGACUCUGUGUUGCCCUGUAUUGGUGGCGCGGGCCUGGACGAGGACAAGUUCUUCUGGAGCGGCGUGACACCUGAGGAGGUUGUUUCCGCACUCUCUGGCGCGAGCUCUCGGGCUAGGGGCAUCGACGGACUCCCUAGCCGACUACUGCGUAUCGCUCUUCCCUGUCUUCUGCCUGAAAUGCUACACAUCUUCGAGUCCUCUUUCACGCUCAACACCUUUCCGACUUUGUGGAAACGUGCGCUGGUUGUGCCUCUGCCCAAGGUUCAGGUACCUGAGGCUCCUCAACAUUACAGGCCUAUUUCCAUUUUAUGCAGCAUCUCUAAGGUCCUUGAGAAGAUCGCGGCCAGGCAGAUCACAGCAUACUUGGAGCGCCUGGAUCGUCUUGAUCCGUUCCAGUCUGCCUACAAGCGUGGUUUCUCCACUCAGACCGCGCUGAUCAGGGUGCUGGACGACGUGAGAUCUGCCGCUGACAAAAGGAUGGUCACAGUAUCCGUCUUCUUCGACUUCAGCAAGGCCUUCGACUGCGUCUCUCACAGACUGCUUAUCACCAAACUGGCAGCCCUCGGCUUUUCAAACUCUGUUCUGCACUGGCUCGGCUCAUACCUUUCCGACAGAUGUCAAGCAGUGAGAGAUACCUCGAGUGGCAAAGUGUCUUUCUUCAUAGAGAUGGGAAGCGGAGUGCCUCAGGGCUCCGUUUUGGGACCACUUCUUUUUUCAUUGUUCCUCUCCGACUUCAGGCAUGUUCUUCAGCACUGUAAAUACAAUUUCUACGCCGACGACCUGCAAAUCUAUCUACACAGUGAACCUAAUGACAUCCAUAACUCUAUUCUCUUGAUCAAUGAAGACAUUGAGCGGAUCAUCUUUUGA